AUGUCGAGUCAUGAGAUAGCAAUCACCUACUUCCUGAUAACAACCACUCACUUCCUGAUAGCAACCACUCACUACCUGAUAGUAACCACGCACUACCUGAGAGCAACCACGCACUAUCUGAUAGUAACCACGCACUACCUGAGAGCAACCACUCACUACCUGAGAGCAACCACUCACUACCUGAUAGUAACCACUCACUACCUGAUAGCAACCACUCACUACCUGAGAGCAACCACGCACUACCUGACAGCAACCACUCACUACCUGAGAGCAACCACUCACUACCUGAGAGCAACCACGCACUACCUGAUAGUAACCAAGCACUACCUGAGAGCAACCACUCACUACCUGAUAGUAACCACGCACUACCUGAUAGUAACCACUCACUACCUGAUAGCAACCACUCACUACUUGAGAGCAACCACGCACUAUCUGAUAGCAACCACUCACUACCUGAGAGCAACCACGCACUACCUGAUAGCAAUUACCUAUCUCCUGAUAGCAACCACUAACUACCUGAUAGCAACCACUCAUUACCUGAGAGCAACCACUCACUACCGGAGAGUAACCACUCACUACCUUAUAGCAACCACUCACUAUCUGAUAGCAACCACUCACUUUCUGUUAGCAACCACUCAAUACCUGAUAGCAACCACUCACUUCCUGUUAGCAAUCACUCACUACCAGAUAGCAACCACUCACUUCCUGAUACCGAUUCAAAUCGGACGUACAUGUGUUAUUCGUGUCUUUAAUGGAAAUCCAGGAAAUUAA